ACUUUUUUUUUUCUUUUCUCUUUCUUUCAUUCUCAUUCUCCUUUCCUCCUUUUCCUCCCUUUUAAAUAAAGACUUGUUUCGACAAAUAAAUAGUACUUCAAUGCUACGAUUGUCCAUUCCUACUUCAGCACCAGGAAAAUUACAAAACUAUAGAUUGUCUCGUAUGAAUAUGGACCAGGACCUAGAUGAAGUACAAUCCAACUUGAACGAUUUUCAAGAAAUCCUCCAAUCUGAAGUUUAUGUUGAUCUUGAUCGUUUACGUAUUCUGGCUCGUCAAGGUGUUCCUCAUCAAAUUCGUGGUGAUGUUUGGAAGUAUUUAUUAGGUGUACAACAAGCUGAUAGAUCCAAAGAACUUAGUAGUACCAAAGCUCGAAGUGAAGAAUAUGAUCAAAUAGACAAAACAGAUCCUGAUGUGGCGAAGCGAAUUCGUGGUGAAGUGAAUAGAUUUCAACGCAAGGUCCGGGAAUUAGAAGGAAAACAUUAUGCUGAAAAGUUUGAAAACGUCAUCCUGGCUUAUUUAAAUACCAAUCGCGAUGUUGAAUACUCCCCUGCCUUGGUAUCUUUAUGUGCUCCUUUUAUUUAUUGUUUAGAAAAAGAAUGUGAUGCUUAUUGUUGUUUUGAACGAAUGAUGCAAGCUAUAGAGGAUGUAUACUCAAAUCAUUCGAUCAAAGAACGUGUGGCCAACUUUAUGACUCUUUUUCGUUGUGUAAUACCCGACUUGUGUAGUUAUUUUGAAGAUGAAGAAUUGGAUUUGAAUGAAUGGGCUACUUCUUGGUUACAACACUUAUUAUCAAAAGAAAUGCAAUUUGACGAUUUGCUACGGUUGUGGGAUGUUUAUUUUGCAAUUGCAGAUCCUUUAGAUUUCCAUCCAUUUGUUUGUCUAUGUAAGUUGUUACACACACACACAUAUAUAUAUAUAUAAAAUUGAUGACACAAUAUGCAUACAUCUAAC